AUGGCACACCCACGAUCGUUAAUAGCUCCAUUGAGCAGACUUUCCACUUCGUCCAUUGCGGCCACGAGACCAGAAGUUCCGCGCAUUGCCUCGAUACCACUCCAGACGAUAAGAUGCGCAGCCACCAAAGCAAAAACCCAGAAAAAGAAGAAGGCGCGGAACACCUUCUUGCAAUAUGACUUGAAGAGGGCAGAUAAAUUUUCGCUGAUAGAUGCGAUGCAAUACAUCCGCGCCUUUGAAGUAGGCCGCAACCCCUCCUCCUCCAAGUAUGAGAUGCACGUUCGCCUACGCACCCUGAAAAACGGCCCCGUAGUCCGAAACCGCUUACGACUCCCGCACCCCGUCAAGACCGACAUACGGAUUUGCGUCAUCGCAGCGCCCGACUCAAAAGCCGCCGCUGAAGCUCGCGCUGCGGGCGCCGCGCUUGUUGGCGAGGACGAGAUCUUCAACCAGAUCAAGGAGGGCAUUGUCGAAUUCGACAGAUGCAUAUGCCAUAUCGACAGUCUGCAGAAGAUGAACAAGGCGGGGCUGGGACGAGUACUAGGUCCCAAGGGCUUAAUGCCCAGCACAAAGACCGGCACAGUAGUCACGCAAGUGGGAACCAGUGUGAGGAAUAUGGUGGGCGGAAGCGAGUAUAGGGAGCGUCUGGGCGUGGUGCGCAUGGCAGUCGGACAGUUGGGAUUCACGCCCGAAGAGAUGCAAAGGAAUAUCAAGGCAUUUAUGGAGGCGCUGAAGAAGGACAUGGGACAAUUGAGCGAUAAGAUCAGCAAAGAAAUUCACGAGGUGGUGCUCAGCUCGACAAAUGCGCCUGGCUUUACGCUGAGCGGAGAGUAUAGAGGACCGAAUUCGAUAGCGCCAAAGGAGUUGAGCGGGCCUUUGUAA